AUGGCCUCCAGCUUGAUGAUGAGCUUCGAGGCAGUUACAGUAUUUUUGAACGUACUGGUGAUCAUCUCCAUCUCUCACUUCAAGCAGCUCCACACUACAACCAACCUGCUCAUCCUCUCUCUGGCUGUGUCAGAUCUCCUGGUGGGACUGAUUGUGAUACCAGUAACGACUGUAGCAAUAAUGGAACCAUGCUGGGGUUUUGAGGAAUAUUUCUGUGUGUUUCAUUUCUACAUGGCUUGUUUGUGUACUUCUUUAUCUCUGGGAAAUUUGGUCUUGAUAUCUAUUGACCGCUAUGUUGCUGUGUGUGAUCCCUUAUUGUACCACUCUAAAAUAACAACAACAAGAAUGAUGUGUUGUAUAUCCAUUACCUGGUGUUGUUGUAUCAUAUACGAUGCUGCUAUUAUAAAAAACUUUGUCAAUGUACAGGUACACAGUAGGUGUUUGAAUGAAUGUUUUAUUGUAGAGGAGUUACAUUGGGCUAAUAUCAUUGACCUUGUAAUUACAAUGGUUGUCCCGUGCUCUAUUAUUAUAACACUUUAUAUGAAAAUCUUUGUGGUGGCCAGAUCACAGGCCAGAUCACAGGCCAGAAAGGUAUUUUCAAAAGAGGCUGCUUGUGUGUCUGGUGUUAAAACUGUACAGGCAAAUAAGUCUGAGAGGAAAGCAGCAAAAACUCUGUCUAUUGUUGUUUUCAACUAUCUCAUUUGUUGGAUUCCAUUUUUGUUCACAAAUAUGUUAUUUUUUUCAAGUGACAAUUUAUCAUUUACCAUCAGCUUUCUGCCACUUGUUAAUUCCUUAAUUAAUCCAAUCAUUUAUGCUUUAUUUUAUCCUUGGUUCAAAGUGACAGCUAAACAUAUUUUAACUCUGAAGUUAAGGCGUUCAUAGUUCCUAUAUUUAUAUAUAUUUUUUUUAAUCUACAAGCAUUGGUUGGAUAUAGUUAUGUUAAACAAUUGCUCUAAUUGCUUCUUUCAUGUAACAAUACACUGACAUUACUUUCAGUAUCUCAGUAUUGUCAUUAUAGAUACAUGUGGUUUUGAUACAGAAUUAUUUUGCUGGAUUGGAUUGGAAUGACUUGGAGAAGGCAUUAGAAAGCACAAGCUUGUUUUUACAAAAGACAUUGUAGUCAUUUUGGGUUAAAAAUUCCAAUACCAAAAUCUGUGGUUGUUCCAUGUUAUUUAAUGAUACAUAGUAUGCAAGUAUUCUAAAAUUACAUUUGGAGGUGCCAUAUGUUGUUUAUCAUUGUCCUCUAGUUACUGCAUUGGGACACAAUGCCUUCAACAAGUGUAGUAAAGGGUGUGGUAUAUGCCCUAUAGACCACGGCUAAGAGUUGUUUUUGUGCACGAUGCAACACAGAGUGCCUGGAUACAGCCCUUAGCCGUGGUAUAUUGGCCAUAUACCACUAACCCCCAAGGUGCCUUAUUGUUUUUAUAAACCGGUUGCCAACACAGCAAGGAAAGAAAGACACAUCUAAAUUGAAAAUGUUGCUUUUAAGAAAUAAAUUCAUAAUAAAUACAUUCCACCAGACAAACUAGUUCAGACAAAAGUUGUGUUGCUAGACUGGUAACAUAGCUAAUGUUAGCUAGCCUGUAGUAACAUAGCUACAGGCUAGCUAACAUUAAAUGUAUGCAAAAACAGAGCAUUAGCGCUACUUCUACAGUGACCAACACAUGCCAAUUAUUUAUUUAUGUUGCCAUUUAUAAUAAUAAUAAUAUAAUAACAUACUUGCCAUUUAGCAGACGCUUUUAUCCAAAGCGACUUACAGUCAUGUGUGCAUACAUUCUACGUAUGGGUGGUCCCGGGAAUCAAACCCACUACCCUGGCGUUACAAGCACCAUGCUCUACCAACUGAGCUACAGAAGGACCACAUUUAAUGUGCACAAACAAAAACAUUGCCCCAUUUUAUUGUUGGCUUGCCCAAUGAUGUUGUUUUGUUUCCUCCACUCUGCUGGAAAUGUAGCCAUCCUUUUAGCUGGGGGAGUUUCUGCUGUUUCGCUUCCAGAUUUGACCUCUUGUAACUUUGAAGAGAGGUUUUGGAUCUGUGUCCUCUGACAGACAUUAUUUUUCGUGCCUCUAGACCGGCAUCCGACAGAUUCUGGAUACCUAAAAGGGUCCUAACAUUCAAAAUCAAAUAGCUAAAUGAUCCAUGGUCGUACGUUAAAAAAAAUGCAUAUGUUAGUUUAUUAACCCCCAAAUGCUUAGCCUUUUAGAGGUUUUAAACAUACUUGAAGCAGCUCGCUUACAAGCCAUGGUGCAAGAAAUUGUGUGCCCUAUAGGAAAUCUCAAAAUGUGCAGAAAUACCCGUAGAAAUAGAUUUUCAUCUGGCGCAUUAUACUAGGCCAUCUGUGUUAGUGGGCUAUAUCAGCCAAUGGGCUAGAUGUAGUUUGAAGAGAGCAGAGUAGGA